GCGCAUGUGUAGUGAUAAUUUGGCAUUUAAUCUCCCGGUAUAGUACACUAAUCGAUUUCAUUUUGAUAUAAAUACUGUCAUCAAUUGGCAAUUUACCUCACUUGUCCACGAGUUAUCCAAAAUGCGUGUCAUCGCUUUUCUAGCCCUUUGCAUCGCGGCUGUGGCAGCUGUCCCAGCAAAUCCCCAAAGGAUUGUGGGUGGAACGGUGACUACCAUUGACCAGUACCCCUCGAUUGCCGCUCUCUUGUACACGGUGAACUUCAACACCUACUUCCAAGCUUGUGGCGGUACCAUCCUUAACAACAGGGCUGUUCUUACUGCUGCCCACUGCACAGUUGGUGACCAAGUGAACAGAUGGCGUAUCCGUGUCGGCUCCACCUUCGCCAACAGCGGUGGUAUUGUAAACGACGUCAACAGGAUCAUUAUUCACCCAUCUUACGAUGACAGCACCCUGGACAGUGAUCUUUCUAUCUUGCACUCUGCUUCAGCCUUCUCUUUCAACAACAAUGUCCAAGCUGCUUCCAUCGCUGGCUCCAACUACGUUCUUGGUGACUUCCAACCCGUGUGGGCUGCUGGUUGGGGUACAACUUACUAUGGCGCACCCACUGGCUCUGAGCAGCUCCGUCACGUGAUGGUGGUCACUGUCAACCAGGACAUUUGCAGAGCUAACUACGGUCUCGUCUUCUUGACUAUCACCCAAAACAUGUUGUGCUCUGGCUGGCCCACCGGUGGUCGCGACCAGUGCCAGGGUGACUCUGGUGGUCCCCUCUACCACAAUGGCGUUCUCGUCGGUGUCUGCUCUUUCGGUCUUGGAUGUGGUCUGGACUCCCUUCCUGGUGUCAAUGUUCGCGUAUCUAGGUUCACCUCCUGGAUCAGCUCUAACUCGUAAAUACAUAUCGAAUAAAAUUUAAGCUAAGUCGAAUCGAAUAAACUACUGAAUAUUGUUCCAUAAA